UUGAGAAAGCUUGUAGCCAAAGCACGGCAGCACAGUGCUCGGCCGGGGCUGGUAUUUAUGGGUGCAGGUGUGACAAAAGGCAGCAGCUUGGUGGAUGUACGCACCUCCCCUGGGCUCAGAUCUCUCCUAUCUUCCCCCAACAGCUGGCUUUCCCCCUGCACAUCUGGAGGCCAAGAUGGAGGCACCUCUUGAAAAAGCUCUUGAGGUUAUGGUAAACACCUUCCACAAAUAUUCUGGCGGAGACGGUGACAAAUAUAAGCUCAAUAAGUCUGAGAUGAGAGAGUUGCUUCUUCAAGAGAUGCCUGCUUUUGUCAGGGGGAAGAUCGAUGAACCUGGGUUUGAAUAUUUGAUGAAGAAACUAGACAGCAAUGAGGAUGAGGAGUUGGAUUUCCAGGAGUAUGCGGUCUUCUUAGCUCUCGCUGCUUCUCUCUGUAACGAAUUCUUCCGAGAGUGUUCUGACGAGAACAACCGGAAGAGAUGAGGUUGAUGUUUUUGAGGGGCCCUCUGAUUAGACCCAAUCUGGGGGCAAAAUGUACAGUAAUAAAGAUGGUUGAAAGAAA